GCGCCCACUCAAGGGCCGCGGCGAGGAGGCUGGCGACCAGGCUGCUGCUUCCCCCUCGCCCCCUGCUCGGUCUGUGCCUUGGUCGCGCGCGCGCGCUGCGGCUUUUUCCCUCACGGGGCGGGCGGCUCAGCUGCCGCGUCGCCUCUUCUGCUUCAGGGGAGGAGGAUGGUCGUGCUGCCGCCGGCUUCUGAGCCCUGCGGCCCUCCUCCUGUCGCGCCGGGUAAGCUCCGCUACGCGGGGGAUUGAGAAUGUGCUAACAACAAUGCUAGGAUUACAAUGGGAAGUGUUACACUUCGCUAUUUCUGCUAUGGCUGCCUCUUCACAUCUGUGACCUGGACACUUCUUCUCUUUAUUUAUUUCAACUUCAGUGAAGAGACCCAGUCUUUCAAGAAUGUGCCCAUCAAGGGGCUGGAACCUCAGAAGCCAUUUCCCAAAAAAUUCUAUCCCCGUUUCAUCCGUGGACCAGUACACAUGCCCGAAUCUCAGCAUAAAGACAGCAAGAUCAGGAAUUCUUUAGGAAAUGUUGUGCAGGAUCCCAUCAAGGAUGACACUGAACUUUCUCCUGAAAUGGGCAUGAUUUUCAAUGAACGAGACCAGGAAGUGAGAGACUUGGGCUAUCAAAAGCAUGCCUUCAAUAUGCUCAUCAGUAAUCGUUUGGGUUAUCACAGAGAGGUGCCAGACACAAGGGAUACAAAGUGUAAGGAAAAGAGUUAUCCUCCUGAUUUGCCAUAUGCUAGCAUUAUAAUCUGUUUCUAUAAUGAAGCGUUCUCUGCCUUGCUUCGGACGGUGCAUAGUGUUCUGGACCGCACUCCAGCAUAUCUUCUCCAUGAAAUUAUCCUGGUAGAUGACAAUAGUGAAUUAGCUGACCUAAAAGAAGACCUGGAUGUUUAUAUAACAAAAAGCCUUCCAAACAACAUAAAACUGGUAAGGAAUGAGAAGCGAGAAGGACUGAUUCGAGGGAGAAUGGUUGGAGCCUCUCACGCUACAGGAAAGGUACUUGUGUUCUUGGACAGCCACUGUGAGGUGAAUGAGAUGUGGCUGCAACCUUUGUUGACACCCAUCCGGGAAUCACGCAGAACAGUGGUUUGUCCUGUCAUUGACAUAAUAAGCGCUGACACACUUACCUACAGCUCUUCCCCAGUUGUCCGUGGAGGGUUCAACUGGGGCCUGCACUUUAAAUGGGAUCUUGUUCCUUUGUCAGAACUGGAGGGCCCCGAGGGAGCCACUGCUCCAAUCAAGUCACCUACAAUGGCAGGAGGCUUGUUUGCUAUGGACAGAGAAUUUUUCAAUGAACUUGGACAAUAUGAUAGUGGCAUGGACAUCUGGGGAGGUGAAAACCUGGAAAUCUCAUUUCGGAUCUGGAUGUGUGGGGGCAAACUUCUCAUCAUCCCAUGCUCCAGGGUAGGACACAUUUUCCGUAAAAGACGUCCUUAUGGCUCACCAGGAGGGCAGGACACCAUGGCACACAACUCUCUACGGCUAGCACAUGUGUGGAUGGAUGAAUACAAGGAACAGUAUUUCGCCCUACGACCAGAAUUAAGGACUAGGAACUAUGGAAAUAUUACUCACCGUGUUGUGUUGAGAAAAAAGCUGAACUGCAAUUCAUUCAAGUGGUACUUGGAUCACAUAUAUCCAGAGAUGCAAAUUUCUGGGUCCAAUGCCAAAGUGCAGCCUCCAGUCUUUUUCAACAGAGGGCAAAAGCGACCAAAAACACUACAGCGUGGAAGGUUGUAUCACCUCCAGACAAAUAAAUGCCUGGUUGCCCAGGGUCACCCAAGUCAGAAAGGAGGACUCGUUGUGGUCAGGGAGUGUGACUACAGUGAUCAAAACCAGGCAUGGCUUUACAAUGAAGAUCAUGAAUUGAUCUUAAACAACCUCCUGUGCUUGGAUGUGUCUGAAACUCACACCUCUGAUCCACCACGCCUUAUGAAAUGCCAUGGAUCAGGAGGAUCGCAGCAAUGGCUGUUUGGGAAGAACCACCGACUUUAUCAGGUGUCUGUUGGGCAAUGCAUGAAAGUUAUUGACCCACUUAGCCUCAAAGGAUAUGUAACUAUGGCCAUUUGUGAUGGUUCCCCCUCUCAGCAGUGGCGUUUGGAUGGCUGAGUGAUAGAAUAAGGUCUGUUUCCUUACCAGCCACCCAAGCUGAAAUUUGGAGUCCCUGCAAUCUUAGAGCUGCUGUAUCUGAUAUGGAACAUUUUAAAGGAAAAUAUCUGUACUGGCAGGUCUGGAAAGGUAUCAGUGGACUGACUAUUCAGAUGGGAACAGAAGCUAUGGCAACCUCACUGCAAUAGACUAACAAUUUCUUCGAGUUCCUUGGUGUAAGAAGAUAUGCUAGAUAAUAAACACAGUUAAUUUAAUGAAUAAAUUUAUCUCCAGAUUUAUCUAUUUGGAACUUUUCCAAUUGUCAGAAGAGAGAAGAUUAUCCUUUUCUGCCAGUAUUUCUUGCACAAGUAUCAUGGUACUACACUUACUCAUUUGUGUUUUAGUAGCUGAAUUAUUUUAACUGAUCUGGAAAAAGAAUGUUCCAUCUUAAUUAUUUGUGUAUUUAAAUUUUAGUUCAUUAAACUUUAGUAUACCAUAUAUAA